UAGACGCAGUGACGCUCGAAGCCCGGCGCUCGUCAGUGGCGCGCCGCCCGCUAACAUGAUUGCAUGUAUUUCACUUUCCUAACAAAACGUGACUUUAAUUACAACGAAACGAUAAAUACGAUCAAUACACAUUCCGUGAAAACAAACCUGUUCUUGAAUCGAUAUAUUUACUACUCGUGGUGGCUUAAAUAUAGGAAUCAAUCAAUCCGUCAAUAAAAUCACACCACCCGGUGUCAACAAUGUAGCCAUAGUGAUAUAAAUGUUGACUAGUUGACAAUUAAAAUAGAAAUAUGUAAUAUUUUUAAUGUUAUAACUGUAGGACUAGGAUAUAUUGCCGACAAUAAGUUUAAUUUAUAUGGUUGGUUGAGAAAAAUCCAAAAUGGGAAAUGGAAUGAAUAAGGUGCUCCCAGGUCUUUACGUGGGUAAUUAUCGAGACUCAAAGGAUCCCGUACAAUUAGAUAAAUAUAAAAUAACGCACAUACUGUCCAUACACGACGCCGCACGUAGGAUACAUUCGGAUAAGCACUAUUUAUGUAUAAUGGCAUCUGAUUCGCCAGAUCAGAAUUUAACACAGUACUUCAGUUUGUGCAACGAUUUCAUACAUGCGGCGAGGCUUCGAGAUGGCAAUGUCCUUAUACAUUGUUUAGCCGGUAUGUCGCGUAGUGUGACAGUGGCAGUUGCGUAUAUAAUGUCGGUCACACCGCUCACGUGGCGGGAGGCGCUGAAGGUGGUCAGAGCUGGUCGCGCCGUUGCUAAUCCUAACCUGGGCUUCCAGAGGCAGUUGCAAGACUUUGAAACUUAUAAACUAGUUGAAGAAAGACGAAGAUUAAAAGAACGUUACCCGUCCUUAGCACUUGCUGAUCGAGAUCUCGCAGAAUGUCGUGUGAUGCUUGACUCCUAUCAGACAAUGCUCAAUCAGAGGACGAUUUGUGAGGGCAAGUGCGCUAUGGGCAGACUGUGCCCAACAGGUGUAUGUAGAACAGGAUCCAAGAGGCAGCCGAGACCGCGUCGUCCGUCCACUUCUUCUGGGGAAUCACCAGGUCUAAAGCGUUCUCCUUCAACACUAUCCACGGUUUCUACUGCCUCAGGAUAUCGUCCUCGGUCUUCGCCGGCCGGUCUUUAUAGUUACACAGGCACACCUUCACGACCCACUCGCUCAGCGUCUGGACUCAGCAUCACACGUAUCACGGAUCCCGUGGGAGGAGGCACUGCCAUGGCGGUUGGUGGCACGGAGUAUUCCAGACGUAGAGCUGCCUCUGCACCAGCGACACCAGCUUUAUCACCAGCUUCAUCACCGCCUGGAUCACCGCACCGGACGUCGCACAGACCUGGAUUGGCAUGGACGAUACCCAAUGUGCAUUGGGAUCCAGAAUCCAUGUGAUCAUCAUUCAAAAACCACCAUUCAUCAGAUCUCGAGCGCUUCAAAGGUGUUCGUAGCAUCGCACCAUUCAAGUAACUAUCCGGCCAUUAUCCUAAUAAAUUAGCACAAACGUCGAUAGCUUUGAUAUACCAUGAAAUAUGUGGACAAAAGCCACCCAUGGCUUAAUGAAGAUACGGCGAAGAUUUAAAAGUUUGUUAUCUGUUGUUGUUGAAUCCAGUAUUGCGGAUGUUGUUAUGGACUGUGGUCUAAAGUUGAUAAUAAAAUUAUACGUCAAACACGCUAUUGCUACUUGCGCUGCAGGAUCUAUUCUCUCUGCUUUAUAACUUGCGUAGGAUGUUGCUGAAUAGUAAGUAUUAAGUUGAGAUAUCGAGUGGAAAUUUGAUUUGAAAGUGACAUUUGACAUAGUGUUUAAGAUAAGUGAAUGCUCAACUUAAUGUUACCCUCAGCUCAAUGGCUUGAGCAGUGCAAGUCAGCUUGGCUGUAAUAACUAUUAUGAUUCUUCCGCUGUUACUUAAGCAAUGUAUGGCUUGUGCUAUAGGAAGCUAGAGGUGGGUAACGCAACGGUAACUCUUUAUCCAGAACCUUGAGACAAAAUCACUAAAUGAGUUUAGCUCACGCUGUGUCACGUGACCAUUUUCAUAUAAACUCGUUUCGCUUUAGUGGGUCUCGACUAUUGAAAAGUGAUUUUGUUUCAAGCCCUAGUACGGAACUUAGGAAGCCCUAGCGCGUGUUACGCGCUCCGUCGUUUGUCAAUUUAACAACAUUCUUAGUAGAGAAGUUAUAAGAGAUUAUGAGACCGAAAUUUUGUCAAACGAGCACCUGAGCAAACACCAAUUGUUAAAUUUUAAGCGCAAUUCGCUCUGAAAUUCUGAUUGCCCAUCUCUACUUCAUACUUCAACUAUUGUUCUACUGUUCGCGCAACAGUAAACGUCCUGCGAAAUAUUUGUAAAUAGAUGCUUUGAUUAAUAGCUAUAGAUUUGCAAAACUAUACUAUACUAAGGCUAGUAAAAAAAGGCUAGUGAUCCUUAAAUAUCUGAAUGCUGAAAUUUGUUCCUAUCACUCUCGCGAUAUGACGCUCAGUUAAGCACUCAAAGUUAGAGUUAAUCGUAAUUAUCUCUUUUGGAAAUACACGUUAGUUUCUGAAUUCUAAUAUAUGACGUGUCCAUUAGUUACGCUUUAUAUAUAAUAAAGGUCUU